AACGUUCGCUUGGCUCCGUGAGGACGUUCGGUCACUCAAGGACUACAUCGAGGCAUUAGGAAUCCUACAAAAAGGCAUCGGGGGUUCAGGUAUCCUCCGCGACGCUGGGAAACCUCCGAGGUGGAAUACGCGUAGGAAUCCUACGAGGGUGGAAUAUCUCGCAGGAUUGGGAUCACUACAAGGAGGAAAACUUUGUGGCGUAACACUUGACAGGAUUAGGAAUCGUACAAGGACGAUCACAGCACUAGGAAUCCUUUGGGGAAUAUUCCCUCUAGAAACUAGGAGUCCUUCGAAGGGAGAUCAGUGAAGUGAUUACCCUCGUCUGAAGAAAAAAUUCCCCCAAAGGCCUCUACAGGAUGGAGAGACUGGUUCUGACAUAUCUCCUGGGCGUCUCCUUGUCGUCAGCGGCUGACGCAACAGUGUCUACCAUAAGGACAAUAUCUGAAGGUAAAUCAAACAACUUUUUUUUCUUCCCGAGAGCAAAAACGUGGGUUCUUGCCUUAAAGUCGGCUGCAAUACCCACAAUUAACUACAAAUAUUAUGCUUCAGGAAAACAUAUAGUAAAUGAUAAAUGUGAUGAUUGUUACGGAGGAUCUCUCUGGGUUCCAUUUGUCACAAUUACAGAAAAGUUUAUAAAACGUUACGACUCCCCUGAACAGUUUUUUGAGGAUAAUGUAGGAUCUUCACAAGCAAGAAACUUUUCUAUAACAAGCGAAAGCCCAUCAGCUGUCGAACUCCAAGCGCUUCCUCUACCUCUGAAAGGCUAUCAGAUAGUGGGAAUACCUUUUGGAGCAACUGUCAAUAUCAGCCUUCCAGACAAAGAAGAGGUGUGGCUGGCCCUCUGGAACGAGCAGAAAGACCAAGUUGAUAUUCAUUUCAAUUUAUAUGAUGAAACCGGACCUAUUGACGAAACCUUCAAAGCAAUGGUCGAAGAAGGAUGGUUGAUUAUUCGGAUUUAUGAGACUAAAAUCAUUUACGGCGGAAACCUUCACAACUUGAGCAAGCAUGGACUGAAAGGACGUCAUUUAGAGUUUCAUAAUCCCAGCUCUCUCAAGUACCACUUAUUUUCGAUGCCUUUUGAGCCAAAGGGUGUGGAAGAACGAACAGACACAGACAAGCCAGCGGACACGAACUUAAAUCUCAUCCUGAUUAUAGUUUUUGUUUGGUGUGUUUGGGUCUUCUUGUCGUCGCAUCUUGCCUUGCCUACAGGUUCUGCUGUAAGAAGAGGGAAGAAGAAUUAUACGAAGGCUCUCCCAGAUUCACUACAGAAAAUGAAUACAGCAAACCAGUUGUUACAUCCGGUGGUCUGACAAGGCAGAAUUCGUCCCAUGACAGUGAGAACAGUCUCUACGGUGCCGGGGUAGUGAAUCACGGUGUAGUAACUAGGCAAAAUUCAGCACAUGACAGUGAAAAUAGCCUUUACGGAGUUACGCUGACAUAGAGACCGCAGCAAAUGAAGUCACGUGACUUAUGUGAGAAGCAGAUUAUGGUCAAAUCAACUCGAGCUUUUACCAGGAACAAGAUUUGAGUUAGGCUCAGAAACAUGUAUAGAAUGUUGGUUCACUCUUUCGUAAAUCUGAAUAGAGAUCCUUUGAUUUGAACCACCUUCUCUUAUUGUGCACAUACAAACAUACAUAUAAACACACACACUCACGCACACACACACACACACACACACGCGCGCGCAUACAUACUUACAUAUAUGUUUCAUGCAUAUGGCCUCGUGUUGAAAAUAAAGAUAAUUAGUGUUAUAAAAGGCAAAAUUAAUUUAUUUCUAUCUUAAUUAUUUUAUUUUUCAUUUAUUUUUUUCAUUAUUAUUAUUAUUAUUUUAUUACUGUUAUUUUUAUUUUUAUUACUUGUUUAUUAUUAUUUGUAUUAUUGUUAUUUAUAUUUUUAUUAUUAUUUUUAUUAUUGUUAUUUUUAUUGUUAUUAUUUUUAUUUUUAUUAUUAUUCUUAUUAUUGUUAUUUUAAUUAUCGUUAUAAAUACCAUGACCUAAGCAGGCCUUACUACCAAACCAAUCGCACCCACACCCCACGAGGCCCCCCCCAGCCAGGCCGCCCCACACUUUCCUCCUACGUCUUGUAUAAGCUAAGCUUUUUUUUUAUCUUCAUCACUGAUUACAAUUAGCUACAUGAGUUACACAACAUACUCUAGACCAACCACUGGUUAGUAAAGUCAAUCCUAUACAAUAGAAAUUAAGAGAGAGAGAGAGAGAGAGAGAGAGAAGAGAGAGAGAACUUAUCCUCGAGGCUAAUGUUGCCAAACAGGAUUUAAGUUGCCAAAGACAGACGGACAGACAGACAGGAUCUUCAAGAGUUAUCUGAGUAGCAUAAGUAACUCUCGCUCUCUCUGUCUUGCUGUGAGUCGAGUAUCUCCUUAUCUCUUUUGCUUUCCCCGUCACUGUCGCCUAACUUCGUCUUCGUGCUCUCUCUCU